UCCCUCUUGUUACCAUGGUUACCAACCUGCUGAUCCGUCAGCACCUUCUCCACACGAAUGUAAACAUUGCAAAAUAUUGCACAUUUAAUCAUAAAUUAGAACAAUAAAGCAAACUAUACACUUUAAUUAAAUUUUACUUUUGUACGCCUUUCGUAAUUUGAAUUAAAGUAAUUAAUUUCAUGAGUUAAAUACUUUAGACACUAAUGUUUCUACCGUUAAUAUUUAAAAUUAAAAUUUCAAAUUUCAAAUCGUGAAUUUAAAUUUUAAAUUCGAGAUGGAAACCACACUUGGAGAGCAGACUAUUGACAUGAAGCAAGAAAAGGAUGAGGAGGAGAACAACAUAAAAAAUUUUCUCGUCGAAUUGGACAGAUUAAGGGGCUUGCUUGCCGAUGUAGAAUCCAAACUGGGGUUAAUUUCUACCAAAUGUGUGAAGUAUUUUGAUGAUUACGAUUUAUGCUGCAUGCUGAGUAACGGACUAAAAUCCAUAAAUACCGGAUUGGACGAGGUCGAGGGGAAAUUUCGGGCAAAAUAUGACCUCCUUCAGUCACGAAAGGAUGACGACAAUGCUUUAUUUCAACUGUUGGUUAGUCAUGAAGUUACCAUGAAAUCAGAGGGGGACGAGGAAACGGGUGACGUUAAAAAUGAGGCGUCCGGAUCGACCUUCAUCCCGGCGAGGAAACCAGCAUCGUCCCUCGACAAGACCUCCGUAUCCCGUGAUUUUGAUUCCGAUGAUGAAAUUCCUAACCCCCACGGUCCUCACUACUAUUGCGAGUCCCCCUGUGAAGACGACGAUGAUAAGGACGACUUCACCCCUGGACCCCACACCCCUCAACUGCGCUCCAUCCGAAUCCGAAAUCUGAUCAAAACCCGACGUAGUGUGAACCCCAUUCGUAAAACUAAUCACUCUUCACCCCAAAAAAUACAAAUCCCCCGCCACAAAAAGACCUCAAAACCCGCCACCCUCACCGAUCAACCUCCCAGUUUAAACUCUCCCACCAUACCCCCACCCUUAAAAAAACGCGGUCGCGCACCCACCCUGGACAAGUCCCCCGUUUCGUGCCCCAUCUGCCACAAAAUCCUGGCCUACAACGGCCUCGCCCUGCACACACAGCGCUGCCACACCGUGCGCUCCAUGGACUUCAAGUGCACCCUCUGCCCACGCGAAUUCCCGAAAGGUCAGCUCAAGAACCACGCCAAAAUCCAUUCCGAGUGCAAAUCCUUCGUUUGCGAACUUUGCGGAUGGUCGUUCCACCUCAAUUCAAACUUGCAACAGCACAUGCGCAAACAUCAGGACGAGCGCCCCUUCAAGUGUACGCAGUGCAAGGACACGUUCAAAUUCAGCCAAUCGCUGAGCCUCCACGUGCAAGUGCUCCACUCGGAAAAAUCGAACCAGUGCACGCUCUGUGGAAAAUUGUUUGGCACGUUGACACGCUUGAAGUCGCAUGAGCGCUGUGUCCACCAGGAAGUGAGGAGUUACACGUGUCACCUGUGCGGAAAAGCAUUUAAGAGAGGAGACCAUUUAAAAUAUCAUGUCAAAACGCAUGCUAAUCCGGCCAGUAAAAAUAGAGGGUUGAAUAGGCCAAGAGUUUAAUUCAAGUGAUAGGUGCAACAAAAAUUGUAAAUUGGACAUGUGUGGCAUAGUUUUGUUAUGAGUUAUGAUUAUUUGGAUAGUUUCUAUAAGUGGUCGUCCAUUAAUUAUGUAAUGCAAUACUUGCGUCUUUUUAGACUCCGCUCCAUAAAUGUUGCUUAACAUACGAAACGAUUGUAGCCUUAAACCCUCCCGCGGCAUAUAAUUUAUGCACGGCCCACUAGCUGGAUAGCUACUUUUGUCUAGUUUUUAGUCCGUGUUAAGAAAUUUUCAUUUAUUUAAUGCUGGAAGGAUGUUACAUUCGAUUUUUUAAAGUAAAACCGUGGAAUAAAUGUUAAAAGUCUUGCCUAUGUAAAUAUGAAA